GGAGGGGUUAUGGGAACAGAAUUCCCAUCCAAGCUGUGCGCUUUGAAGCCUGCCCUCCUUACUGCUCUGUAUCUCAUGCCUCCUCCCUCAUGCUCUCUCUCUCUCUCUUCAGCUUGCUCUCUCUAUAGCUCUGUAACUUUGCUUGUUGUACACAUAGCCUCGAUAUGUCUUUCUGGUGGAUUUAUCCUGCCCUGCUCACUUUCUGCACCCUGUUUUAUUGCCAGGCUCUGAGGACAUACCCAUCCAAUGAAGUACUGCCGUCUGAUGCACUGCACCCCUGUGUUCUUACAUCAUGUACAGUAACCUUACUUGAUUCUAUGUCUGCCGCUGGAGACCUGGGAUGGGUGGCAUAUCCAUCAGAAGGGUGGGAAGAAAUCAGUGUAAUGGAUGAAAGAAACACACCUAUGAGAACGUACCAAGUCUGCAAUGUAUUAGAAGUCAACCAAAAUAACUGGUUGAGGACCAGCUGGAUCCCGAGAGGAGAGGCCCAACGUGUGUAUAUUGAGAUCAAGUUUACCUUGAGAGACUGCAAUAGUCUACCAGGGGUAUCGGGCACCUGCAAGGAAACUUUCAACAUGUACUAUUAUGAGUCGAACAACAGCAACCUGUGGCACAUUCAUGAGAAUCAGUUCAUUAAAAUUGACACUAUUGCUGCAGAUGAGAGUUUUACCCAGGUGGAUGUUGGUGACCGGGUCAUGAAGCUCAAUACAGAAGUAAGAGACAUUAGUAACUUGUACAAGAAAGGCUUCUAUUUGGCUUUUCAAGAUGUUGGAGCAUGUAUUGCUUUGGUAUCAGUCCGUGUCUUUUACAAAAAGUGUCCAACGACCAUCCGUAACUUGGCCCAAUUCCCUGACACUGUUACUGGAGGGGAUUCAGCAUUGGUGGAAGUAAAAGGAACAUGUGUCAAUAACUCAGUGGAGUUUGAUGUGCCUAAGAUGUACUGUAGUGCUGAUGGUGGCUGGCUGGUACCUAUUGGUCGCUGCUCCUGCAAACCAGGCUUUGAAGAGAAGAGGAAUGCUUGCCAACCUUGUCGUCCGGGGUUUUACAAGGCUUUGCUGACCGAUUCAUACUGUACAAAGUGUCCACCCCACAGCUUCUCCCUGCAGGAUAGUUCAGCUGAAUGCAUGUGUGAGAGAGGUUACUACAGAGCCAGGUCGGACCCCAAGUCUAUGGCAUGUACCCGUCCACCAUCUGCCCCAGAUAAUCCAAUUUCUACUGUCAAUGAAACAUCCGUCAUUAUGGAGUGGAGUCCCCCUGAAGACUCAGGGGGCCGAAUGGACAUAACAUAUAACAUACACUGCAGAAGGUGCCUAUUGGAAGGACAAAAAUGCAGCCCAUGUGGAAGUGGCAUCCAUUAUAUUCCUAGACAGUUUGGACUGUCUCAUCCUCGUGUCCUCAUCACUGAUCUGCUUCCAUACACCAACUAUACAUUUGACAUUGAGGCUUUGAAUGGCGUUACUGAGCUGAGCUCUGGACCUAAACAAUUUAUCUCUAUCAAUAUUACUACAAGUCAAGUAGUCAAUGUCAUCCUGAAAGAAAGAAAAAGUAAAGACAGCAUCACAUUGGCUUUCCAAGGGCCUGAAAAGACUACUGACACAGUGGUGGAAUAUGAAGUAAUAUAUUAUGAAAAGAAUCACAAGGACCAGAAUUACACAAUCUUGAAAACCAAAUCUACGUUUAUGACUGUGGAUGGUUUAAAACCUGGGACCACCUAUGUUUUCAGAGUCCGGGCUCACACGGUUGGUGGACAAGGAAUAUAUGGUGGUGAAAUAGAGUUGGAGACCAGCACUGAAGAUAUGAUUGCUAUCACUGAUCCCAAUCAGAUCACUAUUUUAGCCAUUUCCGUUGCUGGUGGAAUUAUUCUUCUUAUUUUCUUGGUCACCUGCUUCUUUGUCAGUGGAAGGCACUGUGGUUAUAUUAAAGCCAAGCAAGACCCAGAUGAAGAUAAGAUGCAUUUCCAGCAUGGAAGAGUGAAGCUGCCGGGGAGUAGAACCUAUAUCCACCCACACACAUACGAGGAUCCCAACCAGGCUGUACGGGACUUUGCCAAAGAGAUUGAUGUCUCCAACAUCCGCAUAGAGCGGGUGAUAGGUGCAGGUGAAUUCGGAGAGGUAUGCAGCGGAUGGCUGAAGUUACCCAGCAAAAGGGAGAUCUGUGUGGCGAUUAAGAGCCUUAAAGUUGGCUAUGCUGAAAGACAGAGGAGAGACUUUUUAGGAGAAGCCAGUAUCAUGGGGCAAUUCGAUCACCCAAAUAUUAUCCGACUGGAGGGAGUCAUCACCAAAUGCAAACCGGUCAUGAUAAUUACAGAAUACAUGGAAAAUGGUUCCUUGGAUUCCUUUCUGAAGAAACACGAUGGCCAGUUCACAGUGAUACAGUUAGUAGGAAUGCUGAGAGGCAUCGCUUCUGGGAUGAAAUACUUAUCAGACAUGAACUACGUCCACAGAGAUUUGGCUGCCAGGAACAUAUUAGUCAACAGCAACUUGGUUUGCAAAGUCUCAGACUUUGGUCUUUCUAGAGUCCUCGAGGAUGACCCUGAAGCAGCUUAUACUACAAGGGGAGGUAAAAUCCCCAUCCGAUGGACAGCCCCAGAAGCCAUUGCCUACAGAAAAUUUACAUCAGCGAGUGAUGUAUGGAGUUAUGGUAUUGUAAUGUGGGAAGUGAUAUCGUAUGGAGAAAGACCUUACUGGGAGAUGUCCAACCAAGAUGUAAUUAAAGCAAUAGAUGAAGGGUACCGCCUGCCCCCUCCUAUGGACUGUCCUGUAGUGCUUCAUCAGCUUAUGCUGGACUGCUGGCAGAAGUGUAGAAGCGACCGGCCUAAGUUUGGCCAAAUUGUAAACAUUUUGGACAAAUUUAUACGCAACCCCAGCACCCUGAGCGAGCUAGCCAACAGCUCUACAUGGCAGGACCCAAGCAUGCAAGACUCAUUUACAGUUACUAGUGUGGAGGAGUGGUUGGAGGCCAUCAAGAUGAGCCAAUAUAUAGAGCACUUUACAAUGUCAGGAUAUGUCACCCUAGACUCAGUGCUGUAUCUAAGCAACAGUGAACUCAGCAAAAUUGGCAUCAACCUAGCUGGCCAUCAGAAGAAAAUCCUGUCCAGCAUACAGAACCUCCAGGCACUAGGGACUCAUGUGCAAAUCUAACAGCACACUGGCAUUCACCAUGUCCUUGAUACUCUGCAGGAGAUGCACUGAGCUGUACCAGAAGCAGUAUGAGAUGACCUUCCAAUAAUACAACUACUGCAGGGAAUAAUAGUCUCUUCCCAAUGUAUACCAGUGGGAAAAAUGUCUGGAGUUCUGACUAUGGUGCCUUUGGACAGGUGUUUGGACAAAGAAAAUCAGUGUGAACUCAAAGUCAAAUUACACACUGUUAGAGUCAUUUAAGCUGAAUUACUGUUGAUGGUACAAUGUAGUGGAAAGUGUCUGUGUAAACAACAAUGUUUUCAAGUGACACAAUGUUUCUAUGUUAUGGGAAAUGGUAUUGGACUGAUUAGUGCAUAGGGUCUCGUCCCACAUUGUCUCAUAAAGAACAUCCGUCAUUUCUGUUGGACACAGAUAACAGUAGUACUUUAUGAUAUUCUUGAGCGAUGACUGUGUUCAUCAUAACCUUUCCAUGAGUAGUUGACAGAUGGAACUUCUCAAUCCUUCUACCGUUACUAAUAAUUAUUUCUACUAGAUGAUGACACCUACCGUGCUGUUCGGCUUUAGAAUACAUAAUAUCUCUUCAUGAUUCUGAGUAGACAAUGCACAGCCCUGUGUUUUCACAUCUGAGAUUUGCCCUGUCAAUCCACAUUGUCAAGAAUCUUAAUAAAUCCAUCUAGCAUUUGUACUGCCUCGAUAGUCGUGUCUUUCAGUAAGGAGAACCACAGAGCACGUGAAAGGAACUUCUCCCAUUUAAUGCAUUUGCGUAAGGUUUUUAUUUUUAAUCAAGCUCAAGGAUAUCUACACUUUUAGCUAAGCCUCUGCACUUCAUUGUCUGAGGUUCAAUGCUUAAGAGGUUGCAUCUUCUAUCCGCUCUCACAGAAGUGGAAUUCAGCAUAUUCGCAAUGUCUGUCUCAUUUCAGCUCCGUAGAUGCAGCCCAUGACACAAGAAUGUUACCGGUUUUAUUGUUGCGACAAAAUGACUUUUCUUUCAUGGAAAAGACGUCAGGGUUUGUGUGCGUGUAAACGACUACAUAUUCUGUGACACAGCUGCGGUGACAUAGUGUGUGUGACUCCAUCUUGUUCAUGAAAAUAAUUAAAAAAAGAGUUCUGAGUUGUAUAUAGCUGUCAAUAAAUUUUGUAAAGCCAACACAUUGUAGCACAACUCUGCUUUGUUGGGUUUGUACACAAUGAUGUGUUCAUUUUGUGUGCCAUAAAUAAAUGUUAUGCCUUUUAAUUGAGAGGGAGGGGACCUAUCAAUAUGUGAUACAACUCAAAUCCUUCGCCCCCACCCAGAGACGGGGCUGGUUCUGUAUCAAGCUCCUCCCACUGCUUGGUGUCAUGUGUACAGAGCCAAAAUGUUCACCUGAUAGAACGAGAACAGCUUGUGCAAACCACAAAACUGUAACAAUGUGGGGUGUUUUAUGUAUAAAUCUCUAUAUAUUGUAAAUAUGUAUAUACCUUUCUUUUGAAUGUUAAUAAAACAACAGAACCAUAUAACACAGUAAAA